GUGUGCAAUAUGACUGAAAGAACUCGCAGCAAAGUGGAUGUCAGUGUCUUUGGUGAUGUGAAUGAAGAAUUUCAGACAGAUGUGGGUCGGUCGAAGAGCCUGGGUUUCUGUGGGCUUCUCCUCACGGCUCUGUCUUUUCUAUUCAUUCUCAUGACCUUCCCAAUUUCUGUAUGGUGCUGCUUAAAGAUCGUCAAGGAAUAUGAGAGAGCAGUUAUUUUCCGUUUAGGGCGACUCCUCGGCGGAGCGAAGGGACCCGGUAUAUUCUGGAUCCUUCCAUGUGUGGACACUUUUCGCAAGGUUGAUCUGAGGACGGUGUCGUUCAACAUUCCUCCUCAGGAGUUGAGUAUCUUUUAGUUAGUGCUGACCAAAGACUCGGUGACCAUCAUGGUAGACGGCGUGGUGUAUUACAGAGUUUUUGAUCCUACAAUGUCUAUUACUAAAGUAGAAGAUGCUAAUCUGGCUACGCAGAUGCUGGCGCAAACCACUCUGAGGAACAUGUUGGGCACCAAGAGCUUGGCGGACAUUUUGCGAGACCGUGAGGAGAUGGCGGAACAGAUGGAGGAAGUGCUGUAUUCUGCGUCUAAGAACUGGGGGAUUAAACUCGAGCGGGUGGAGCUGAAGGAUGUCAAACUGCCCCAGACUUUACAGAGAGCCAUGGCUGCUGAGGCUGAGGCCACCAGAGAGGCUCGCGCCAAGGUGAUAGCUGCUGAGGGGGAGAUGAAGGCCUCAUGUGCACUGAAGGAGGCGGCAGACGUCAUGUCCGAGUCUCCGGCUGCUCUCCAGCUGCGCUACCUGCAGACGCUGGCUGAGAUCGCCACAGAGAGGAACUCCACCGUGGUCUUCCCCAUUCCCAUGGACCUCAUUACCAGCUUCAUGAGGAAGUGACCACACACCUGAAAAUCUCAACUCCAUAAAGUCCUGGAUUAUUAUUUAAUUCUUUAUACUAAAACAUAUUGUUCAGAAAUUGCACCACUAGGAAAUGUGUGUAGAUACUAGAAUAAAGGCUGGAGGUCUGGACUAAGCAACAGAUCCUGGAUUUUUGAGAGGUCUGAAUUCAUAUUUAUUUUACAGACUACACUACAUUAUACAUAAACUAACAAACUGACAUACUGUAGGUAUAUUUAAAUAUAAAUACAUGUACAUAACAGUUGAUUAUAUCAUAUAUAAUUUCAGACUUUUUCUCCAUGAA